AUGCAAAGGUUGCAAGACUGGUACCUGAAAGCCUGUCGAAGAUGUGAAAGCUACAUCACGGUGUAUCUUAGAGAUGAGCAUUACUUCCGGGGGGAAGACGAGAUAAACCUUGAGUUAGAAGAACUGUUUCAGUUAUUCAAUCAAGACGCCCUCGACAAAGCUGUCAUCAGUUGCUACUGCCUAAUGAAGAAGCUGGAAUACAAAAGAGGCAAGCUCCUACCGCUGGGGUUCAUAGACCCAAACACAGUUCAUGAAGUUACGGUUCGACGGUACCCCAAGGACACAGAGGACAACAUCGUAAUGUUUUUAGAGAAGCAAGCAGACAAAGAGGAUAUAUUCUUUCCCUACAACUUCAAUUUCCACUUUAUUCUCCUAAUCAUUGAUCUUCACCUUGGAGUCGUAAACGUCAUGGACUCGAAACGUAAAGAAUAUGCGGAAUGGGCGGACAUGGCUGCCAUCCUCCAGAGGUAGUUUCAAUCAAUUUCGUAUUGGCAUCUUCAUCUGCUCUAAUUCGAAGAUAUCAUCAACUAAUCAAUUACUCAUUUACUCAUUAUUUUUUGCCGGGCAGGGCUUG